AGAAUCUUCAGUCUUAAAACCUUUUCGGACAGAUAAAGGACUUUGGAAUCAAGCUAUAUCAGUGUUUAAAGGACAAAAAAAGGCAAAAGAGCAUCAAUUUCAGAGUAUGGGUUCUGGUGUGCAGAUCGUUUGUGUGGCCGUCAGUAUCUUGGGCCUAAUUGCCAUAAUUGUCACCUGCAUCGUUCCAAGAUGGAAGGUGUCAGCUUUCGUGGGACAGAACAUUGUGACUGCACAGUCGGUGAACGAGGGCAUCUGGAUGUCGUGCGUGACCCAGAGCACGGGCCAGCAGCAGUGCAAGAAGUACGACAGCAUGCUGCAGCUGGGAGCUGACCUGCAAGCCGCGCGCGCCAUGACCAUCAUCGCCGGCAUGAUCGUCACGCUGGCCCUGCUCAUCCUCUUCGCCGGCUCCGACUUCGUCACCUGCGUGCAGAACGAGGACGCCAAGCCCAAGAUGUGCCUGGUGGCGGGCAUCAUGCUCCUCGUCGGCGGCCUGCUGCUGCUGGUGCCCGUCAGCUGGUCGGCCCACCGCACCAUCUCCGACUUCAACAACGCCUUCGUGGACGCCUCGCAGAAGAAGGAGCUGGGUGCCUGUAUCUUCGUUGGCUGGGCGGGCGGCUGCCUGCUGCUCUUGGCCGGCGGCCUGCUGUGCUGCUUCAGUCGCGUCUCCAGCAGCUCCGGAUCCGGAGGCACCGCCAAGUACCGCAGCAACGGCGGUGCCUCUGCACCCAACUACGUCUAGACAACACCAUCGUCGUGUGUCACGACAGGGCUCUAAAUUAACGCCAGCCAACCAACCGGCCAAAUGCUGGUGAAAUUUCAGCUUGGCUGGUAGAAAAGGCCAACUUAGUAGCCACUUUGGUCUAUUAGUGAGUGUGUGUUUGGAUGGUAAGAACAUUUACAACCCAUUUUGGCUGAUGAUGAUAAAAGUUAAUUUAGAGCCCUCAUCGUGUUACAGGGGUCAUAUUGAAUAAAUGAAUACAAGUUCCUCAAAGAACCUUGGUUGCCACCGUGGAAUAACCUAAAAGAACAUUAGAGAACCUCAGUUCUAAGGACCAAGGUUCCUCGAAGGUCUUUUAGAUGUUCUCCCACACAGGUUCCCCAAAGAAACUAAAAAAUUUACAAAGUUUGCCACUGUGGGGGAACCCCAAUGGUUCUCUGAUGAGCUUUCUAGAACUUCCUUUAGAGAACUUUUAGAGGUCCCCACACAGCUGCAAACUGAAGGUGCUUUAAGGAACUUUUAAUUUUCACAGUCACUCAAUUGAGGAAGCUUGUUGUACGUAUUUGUGUUUAUUGUUUGUGUGUGAAUGUCUGAUUAGAGGAGAGGAUCCUCAGCAACUGCUAGAGGACAACUGUGGGUAGAGAAGUUUUUCAAGGACCAAAGAUGAUAUACAUUUUUAAAGGGCUUUGCUAAAGCAAAU